AUGGCACCACAAAAAUCAAACAGCAGCCGCAAACCCACAAAGGACGAUAGCAAGAGACCAGACAAGAAACCUCUUCCUCGCCGCCAAGUUCAAGACCAAAAUCGACCGCAGAGACAGCAGAAUGACUCCGGCGCUGAAAAUCAAAACGAAAAAAAUCAGAUUGACAUAUCUGACUCAAUUCCGAUAACUCUGCAACAGAUUCUCCUGAAUGUAUUCAAGUCCGCUCUGCUCUCAUCGCCACAUUCAUCUUCAGAAUCCCAAGAUCCUGCUGCAGAGGAGCCUCUGGACAUCAAGACCCUUAUCCAGACCAUCAAAUCGCACCUGUAUAAUCGGGACUUUGAUUCUGCUUUUGCGGAUGCUGAUGAAGGGUUGCUUAGGGCUUAUGCCUUGAGAUGGAGUGCGGCGAGAGCGUUGGGCUAUGCGGGGCUGUUUAAGUCUAUGUUCAAGGUUUUGAUGGAGGAUGAAGCUAGGAAUUCUGGCAAGGGCUCUGCGCUUCACCCAGCUCAUGUGGUCUGUAUUGGUGGUGGUGCAGGCGCAGAGAUUGUUGCGCUUUCAGCGGCGUGGAGGGAUUUGAUGGAUGAAGGGACUAUACUUGGGUCCCAGAAGGGACUGUCAGAUGCCUUUGAAGCCGUUUCUCUAAGUGACAAGCACGGCGGCCAAGGGGAUGAGUCCACAAGAAAAUCCGAACAGUUACAAACGCCACCUACCUCGUCUUCUAGUCUUUCAAUAACAGCCGUCGACAUUGCCGACUGGUCUGCUGUUGUGAGACGCUUAUCCUCCACCAUCCUAUCACCCUCAGUCCCAGGCUCAAAGUCACAUCCCUCCCCUCUUCUUGCAAACGGCCAACAACAAGAUACAACAACUGACAGUAUUUUAAAUGUCGACUUCAAACGCCUUGACGUACUAUCAUUAUCGGACGCAGAGCUAGCCUCGCUAUUCCACUCCACUCAACCAUCUUCAUCCACCCACACCAACAUGGUCACCCUAAUGUUCACGCUAAACGAACUCUUCUCAACAUCCAUGCCCAAAGCGACAGCGUUCCUUCUCAGAACCACCGACCUCCUACAGCCGGGCACGCUCCUGUUAGUUGUCGACAGCCCCGGCAGUUACUCGACUCUGAAACUCGGUAAGGGAGGCAGCGCAGGAGCUCAGGAGCGGCAAUAUCCGAUGAAGUUCCUGCUUGAUCAUGCGCUGCUUUCUGUUACGAAGGGGAGCUGGGAAAGGGUGUACUCGCAGGAUUCGAGAUGGUGGAGGAGAGAUGCGGCUAGGUUGUGGUAUGAUGUUGGAGAGGGCGCUGGAUUGGAGGAUAUGAGGUUCCAGAUCCAUGUUUAUCGGAGGCUGUGA